UGCAAUGAAGCCAGGAGGGGGAGAAUUUGCAUUGAAUCCCCAUGCAACAUCAUACGUACCACUCUAUAAAAGAGUGGACCAUGUUGAUAUGGAGAUGAGUUUUGCAGGCGUCCAAGUGACGGUGCCCAAGAAUUCGUCUGAAGUGGCGUACAAGCUGAUACGGGAUGAUGAUGAUCUGGAUAUGGAGAUGGAGAUCAUGGAGAUGGAGAUAGACAUGGAUAUUGAAUACCUUUUAGUGACAUUCUCUGGUCUCUCUCAAGAGUCUAUUACUGAUGUAUACCUGGCCAAUAGCGGUGAUCUUGAAGCAACCAUUGAGAUGCUCAAUCAGCUUGAGAUAUACAGCAAUGAAGCUCACGAAAACCUCCUAGAGACGCUGGAUAUUGGGAAUAUGUGUGAAUCAGGGCCUUCGACUUCAAAAGGUUCAACACAAAAGAAGGUAGCUACUGAAGUCGCUGCAUCAUCAUCAUCGGUUAUCCCCAGUGCACCUGUAUCGGCCUGAUCUGAUGAUACCUUGGUUGUGAUUUUUUUUUAAUUAUUUAAUUUGUGUAUGCACACCCAUAAUAAGUACAGUAAUGAAUGGGGGCUGUGUAUUAAUGAACUUGAUGUAAUCUUAGAGGAAUUUAAUGAAAGUGGC